AUGGAACCACCACUAAUCAGACCACCUCUCCCGCCGGAACCACCGGACAAACUAACUCAGAUGGAAGUAGAAUCACCAAAGCAAUCCUAUAAGGAAACACUCCUAGACAAACAGGCAUGCAACCAAGGUAAUUACUACGACAUGGAACACCAGUCCACCCCAGAAGGGUGCAAGGGUAAACGUAUAGAAGGUGCAAUUCCUCUAUCACCAGAAGAAAAAGAAAGAUUAUACCAGCCAUGGAAAUUCUCAGUAAUUAUCAAAGUCUUCAAAAGAAAAAUGCCUCAUCACAUGCUACGCUCUAAAUUAAUUGAACUAUGGAAGCCAUCCGAACAGUUAAUCUUGAUUGACCUAGGAUGGGACUUCUUCAUAGUGAAAUUUAAUUUAGAGGAGAGUAUGGUGAAGGCACUGCAUCUUGGACCAUGGUUUAUAUCUGGCCACUUUCUUUCUGUCCGAAAAUGGGAACCAAAGUUUGUUCCACAGGAAGCCACGCUUACUUCUACUGCCAUCUGGAUAAGACUACCUCAACUCCCAACUGAAUUCUACGACAAAGUCAUUCUAGAGAAAGUUUGGAGGAAACUUGGGAAACUCCUGAAAAUUGAUCAAUGUACCUCUUCCACGUUAAGAGGGAGAUAUGACGCAUUUGCAUCCAAGUGCCAUUGGAAUCGCCAGUGGAAACAUCAGUGA